UCUGAGGGGCGGCGGGGCCGGCGACCCGGAGGGGCGGCGCGGAGGCGGCGUCCAGCCGUACCCCGGCCUACCUGCAGCGCGAGGGCGUGGGCGCCGGGGGCCGGGAGGGGCGCGCUGGCCGCAGCCGCCUCGCGGCCGGAGUCUCCCCCGACGUUUCCGGGUCUCCACAGACGUGAGUCCGAUGGAGCGGUCGGCGGAGGGCGAGCAGCAGCCGUGGGGCCGGCUCCGCCGACUGGGCGCCGACGACAGCGAGCCGCACGUCCUCCUGCGGAAACGGGAAUGGACCAUCGGGCGACGAAGAGGUUGUGACCUUUCAUUUCCCGGAAAUAAACUGGUCUCUGGAGAUCACUGUAAAAUUAGAGUGGAUGAGAAAUCUGGUCAGGUGUCACUAGAAGAUACCAGCACCAAUGGAACAGUGAUCAACAAACUAAAGGUUGUUAAGAAGCAGACUUGCCCACUACAGACUGGAGAUGUCAUCUAUUUGGUGUACCGGAAGAAUGAGCCUGAGUACAAUGUGGCAUACCUCUACGAAUCUUUAAAUGAAAAGCAAGACAUAACCCAAGAUUCCUUUGAAGCCAACAAGGAAAAUGUGUUCCAUGUGACCAAAGAUCCCUCAGGUGCAGGGCAAGGUGAUGACCCCCAGGUCUUGCUGCCAUCGCCCACUACUCAUGCGUGCAUGGAGGAACCACAGCCAUCAACAUCCACUUCAGACCUCUUCCUCACGGCCUCUACCUCUUCUUUGGCGUGCAACUCCACAGGGCAAAGGCCUCUCUCCAGCUCUGGUGCCAGAGAUGCAGACAUCUCCCCAAAAAGCUAUGGUCCAUCUGUGGCAAGUGGUGAAACCUCGUGCUUCCCUUCUGCUCUCCCAGCUAAAGAGGGAAGCCCCUUUCCUCUGUCAGAACCUCAGGACCUGGCAGAUGCAGAACCUACAAAGAAGAGAAUGAAAGGAGUUGAGGAACCUGACCUUGCCCUGCACCUGUUGGUCACAGACCAGUGUCGUGAUUCCCAAACAACACCUGAGGGUGUCCGAGCUGCGGCUCUGAAGCCAGACAAGAUGGAGGAGACACUCACUUGCAUCAUCUGCCAGGACCUGCUACAUGACUGUGUCAGCCUGCAGCCCUGCAUGCACACCUUCUGUGCUGCAUGCUACUCGGGGUGGAUGGAACGUUCUUCCCUGUGCCCAACCUGCCGCUGUCCUGUGGAGCGGAUCUGUAAGAAUCACAUCCUCAACAACCUGGUGGAGGCCUACCUUCUCCAGCACCCAGACAAGAGUCGCAGUGAAGAAGACAUGCGGAGCAUGGCAGCCAGAAACAAGAUCACACAAGAUAUGCUGCAGCCCAAAGUCAGAAAGUCCUUCUCUGAUGAGGAAGGGAGUUCAGAGGAUGUGCUUGAGCUAUCAGAUGUAGACAGUGAAUCCUCGGAUGUCAGCCAGCCGUAUGUCCUGUGCAGACAGUGUCCUGAGUACCAGCGGCAGGUGGGACAGCCCCUUCCCUGCUCAGAGCCUGAGAGUGAGCCGGGGGUACCACAGGGCCCUGGAGAUGCACCGUCGACUUCCACUCGAGUCAGGACAGCCCAGGACUAUGUGUGUACCCUACAAGGAAGCCAUGCCAUUUGCACCUGCUGCUUUCAGCCCAUGCCCGACCGGAGAGCAGAGCGUGAGCUGGAUCCCCGCAUCGCCCCUCAGCAGUGUGCCGUUUGCCUGCAGCCCUUCUGCCACCUAUACUGGGGCUGUGCCCGCACCGGCUGCCUCGGCUGCCUGGCCCCAUUCUGUGAACUCAAUCUGGGUGAUAGGUGUUUGGAUGGAGUGCUGAACAACAACAACUACGAGUCGGACAUCCUGAAGAAUUACCUGGCUACCAGGGGCUUGACAUGGAAGAACAUGCUGGCAGAAAGUCUGGUGGCACUGCAGCGGGGUGUGUUUCUACUGUCUGAUUACAGAAUCACAGGGAACACUGUGCUGUGUAACUGUUGUGGUCUGCGAAGCUUUCGAGAGUUGACAUACCAGUAUCGGCAGAACAUUCCUGCUUCCGAGUUGCCCGCGGCUGUGACUUCCCGUCCUGAUUGCUACUGGGGCCGUAACUGCCGCACUCAGGUGAAGGCGCACCAUGCAAUGAAAUUCAACCAUAUCUGUGAGCAGACAAGGUUCAAGAACUAAGUGUCCAAGAAGAAACCAAGAUGGCUUUGGAGGAUUGAGAACAAUGACAGCAGUUUCAGAAAAUACACAAUGCAGACAUUGGAACGGCAUUGAGACUUGAGACGGUUCUGCAUAUGGCACGUGGUGUCACUUUUCUUUCGUGGAGUGAGACUUCAUUGAGACCUCAAGUGGCUGACAGGCCGUGGGCAUAGUCAUCCUCCUGGUGAGAUGACGAUGGACAGGAUUGUUCUUUGCACCUUCCACCACUAUGGUUAUAAGGCCAUUUCUUCAAAAGCUUCAUGGGAGAGAAAGAAAAAUUUCUCAAACAUUCUGUUUAACAAAAAGGAACCAGAAAUCCACAGCCUACAGGCUGCUCAAGUGGGGAGAUCAGUGCUGGAUGUUUUACUUUAAUAGGUUUGGUGCUUAUCUUCUAAUGAGAGUCAGAUAUCAUGAACCUGUAGCACAAUGAUACUGUUUCUAAUGUACACUUUGGCUAAAAUGAACAUGCUUCUCUGUGUUAACAUGAACUCAUUGGAAGCUCAGACUACCAGCCCCUCUCAGGCGGAGGGAAGUGGGUCUGUGCAGCUGCAGGCCCACAGCACUGCCCCACACUCUCUUCCUUCCCUCAGCGGGACUGAGCAGCCUCCAGCCACUUCCUGUCUCUGCUUUUAACUUCAGCCCUUCUCUCCCUUGAGUUUGCGGUGUCAUCUGAAUAAUACUUGAAAUUUUGUUUUUUUUUUAAGUGGGUUUUUUAUCUUUUGUUGAAAUCACCUGUUAUGUUUAUUUGCAAAAAUUAUAACUUUUUUGCUUCUCAGGAAUACGAUUUUCAGCUCUUGUCUUGCUCUUGAUAGACUCUGGAAGGAGGCCUCUUCCUGCACUCUAAUAAACCACCAUGUCGUUUC